GGCGCUCCUCUCCUCCCCUGACUCCCCUCUCCUCUCAUCCUAGAGGACAGAGCGAUGCGGAGACAAUAGGACGCAGAGUCGGAGGAGGCUGCAGGAUGCUCGUCGCCACAUCUACCGACACACGGCUGCUCGGAGGCUCCUCACAGACCACCGAGCUCAGGCGUUUCUCUCAGCACACCUGGCCUUAGUAUGCGUUCAUAUAUCGUGUGUGUACCAGCAGCCUGGACAGACAGGGCGGACUCCACAGCCUCCAUAUGGGAACUGACUGAAAGUGACGCCAGCUGUUAGCUCCUGCCUGAACGUCUGUUCCCUAGGUUUUUCCUCCCGAUCCGUCCCCUGAAACACUCCCCACCAUGAGUUCCUCGCCAUUGGUGUCCCGAGCCAACAUGGACAUCCUGGACGAGCUGCAGCUGAUCGCAGCCCAGAACCUGGAGAGGCUGGAGGUCAACAAGUACUACGAGGUGAUCAGGGAGCUGGGCAAGGGCACCUAUGGCAAGGUGGACCUGGUCAUCCACAAGAUCAGAGGUACAAAAAUGGCCUUGAAGUUCCUGAAGAAGAAGACGACCAAGCUGAAGUCGUUCCUGCGGGAGUACAGCAUCUCCCUCUAUCUGUCUCCGUGCCCUUUCAUCAUCAACAUGUUUGGCAUAGCCUUCGAAACGGACGAAUACUAUGUGUUUGCACAGGAGUAUGCUCUGGCAGGAGACCUCUUUGAUAUCAUUCCCCCACAGGUUGGUCUUCCAGAAGCAGUGGCAAAGCGCUGUGUGCACCAAGUAGCCAUUGCUCUGGACUACCUGCACUGUAAGAAGCUGGUCCACCGGGACAUCAAGCCCGAAAACAUCCUCAUUUUUGACCGAGAGUGCCGCAAGGUCAAACUGUCUGACUUCGGCAUGACCCGCCGGGCUGGCUCACCUGUGAAAAGAGUGAGUGGCACCAUCCCCUACACAGCCCCGGAGCUCUGCGACGUGUCCCGCCAUGAGGGCUUCUGUGUGGACUACAGCACUGAUGUCUGGGCCUUUGGCGUGCUGCUCUUCUGCAUGCUGACCGGCAACUUCCCCUGGGAGAAAGCGCUGCCUUCCGAUUCCUUUUACCAGGAGUUUAUCCGCUGGCAGAGGAGGAGGACGAACAUAGUGCCGUCCCAGUGGAGGCGCUUCACCGAGCAGGCCCUCCGCAUGUUCCGCCGGCUGCUCUCUGUGGAGCAGGACUGCCGCUGCUCUGUGAAAGAGGUGUUCGGGUACUUCAGCCAUUCCUGGAUGCUGGACGCGGAGAACAACAACAAUGGCAACAGCAACACGGGAGGCGCAGGUGAAGAUGAGGAGUUCCUGGUGGAGAGGAUGAAGCAGCAGACUUUAUCUCCUCUCUCCCCAUUGUCACCCCUCUCUCCCAUGUCUCCAGUGACGGUGGAGAGGGGUAGUGGGGGCGGGGCCAAGGGUGGCACGAUGGACGCCAGUGGCCACCAUUUUGUGUCCGUCUCCACCAACAGCUCUGUGUCAUCCACCAACAGUUACGAUCGAAUGCCGCGAGAAAACAGCUCGCCGGGCGGCCGCAUGCUGGUGGCUACACCCAUUGAAAUCUGCGUCUGAGCAUGUUGGAACGUUUCUGUCGUCCCAGACUCACUGGUACACACUUUUAUACCUCUCGUUCUACCACAUAGAUAUGCAUGCAUGGAAAAAGAAACAAUGAGUACUAACACAUAUCCUAUUUUAAACAUCUUGGGAAUGGAAGAGCACACGCACAGAAAGUAUUUGUAGAACGUGUCCAUUGCUCAUAAUGUAGGGUUUUUGGCCAAAUCUUCUCCAAAGACUCCAAAAGAAGCCCUAUUUACACUUUGACUUCAGUGAUGUGUGCAAAUACAACUUCAUAGUACCCAGAGGUAAAACAAAAAGUCGCUUCCAUUAGAGAUUCUGUCACUAAAACCAUUCGAAUAGGAGACCAAAAUGUAUUUCUUAAAGCAAUACUUCCAGCAAAAACAGAGCCAGAAGGAGGCAGGAUGCCGCGUGAUCUCUUCAAGUCGUCAGUUUUGACAAAGCCAAGGGACAAAGGAUUUGUAUUUUUGAAGAAGACUGAAACAGAAUUCAAGGAAAUACCUUGAAAAAAGGAACAAGUGAGCGGUGGUUUUAAAUAUUUCAUGUGCAACAAAAUGCGAAAGUGUGAGCGUGGGUGUCUGUAUGCAUGUGUCUGUAAGAAGUGGAUUUAUUAUUUAUUUAAUUAUUUAUUUGAAUCUAAAAAGACUAUUUUUUCUAUUGUUUUUUGUAAAGUAGCUUAUUGUAUUUUCUGUUCGACUUCAUUUGCUGUUCUGACAUAGCUGGCUGCUCUACAUGGUGGUGUCCUUAGACACACACUAUGUAUAAGCUUUGACCAGUGGCUUUCAGAUAAACCAGUACACCCAUCACAGUGACAAGAUAAAGAGAAGGGUUAUGAUAUCGCUGUUGUUCAUGACAAACUUAUCUGCUUCACUGUUCAAAGGCUAUUUUGUACCCACUCCUGAAAUUCUGUUUCUAUUGCUUCUUUUUCUUUGAAACUUUUUCCCCAAAAAUUCAGUUUGUACAACUUAGGUUCUUUAAAACCUUUAGCGAACAGUUCAGUUUGAGCUGUUUGUUUUCUUUGAAACGUUUAGCAAAAAGUGUUGUCUGGAAAAAAUAAGAAAAAUAAGAAAAAUGAUCACUUAGCAUUUUCAAUUCAAUCUGAAGGAAAAAAAAGAUGAAAUAGUCGCUUUUUAUAAAUUGCAUGACAAGUAGCUCAGACGUACCUUUAUGAAAAAUUUGAACCGGCUUUACAGGAAAAAAACACAAAAAACAAAUCGUACAAUGUCGUGAUGUGGAAUUUUUGCCGUAGCACAAUUUCUUGCAUUAUGUCCCAGAGUGAAUAUUGCUGUUAUGAUCUCUUGAGACAUCCUAGGGCUAAAAAAGAAAUCUGAAAAAAGAAUUAAUUUCUAUUUAGUGUGUCGUAUUUGUAUUGCUAUUACUGUCGUGUUUUCAUCUCACCGUCUUCAGGAACAGAAAAAAAGCAAAGCAUGAGGACACAGAGGGCAUUUCAAUUUUAGAAGAGAGUUAAAUAACAGCAAAAAAAGGAUUCAUUUCUUUGAGUCACCAUGAAUACUAGGUAAAUGCUUUGAAGGGGCUACAAAGCAUUGGAUCCUGCAAUGAGCAUUUUAUGAGCUGCUUUCCAAACACAAAUGUGCAUGAACUUGUAUGUGCUUAAGCUCUAUUGUGAAACCCUGCUCAGUGUUUCUCCUGUCACAAGCUGCAGUACGCUGUAGAUGUAGUAAAGCUGCGAACGACAUGUUUCUUUAUCAUGUGAGAGUCUGUAGCCUCGGCUGGGUGAAGAUUAGCUAGCUCUCAC